GCAACAGGAUGACAUGCGGGCAACUCCUAGGCUAUUGAACCAAGAAUCCCGCCAUCCCCAGAGCUGCAACAGUUACCCAUUUUGGCUAUAAUAAAUAUGCUUCAUUGAUGCCCCAACCCUUUUUAAGAGGAGUAAUUUGAAUUUCCUGAUGUCAGCUGGCGAUAUCCAUUCCUAUCAAAUGAGAAGCAGUAUUUUAAGUGUGGAAAGAGUCACCGCUAAAGAGGCUCUUGGAAGGGAAAAAUACUUUACAACUUCGCCCACCGGUGUGUUACAUAAAUAAAGAAGUCUUUUCUGGAGGAAAGAUGCCGGGGAGAAGGAAGCGCUGCAGGAACUUGGCGAAGCAAGCUGAGCUGCCUAUGGAAGGGAGCAGUUGAGGGCGGGAAAGGAUCUAUUUGGCAGAGAUUUCAGUCCUAAGAGGAUGCCUUGUGAAGAAUCUCCGGAGUAGUCUCUUUGCGCAUUCAACUUCGCGUUGCAACAAGCUACUGGCCAUAGCGCAAAUAUGCUGGACAGCUCCCUCCGCUCUCCGCCACUUGGUAGCUGGAGCGCGCUAAGUACCACGGCGGCAGUUCAGCACUAGGUUACCUUGGACAGCUCCCGCCGGCCUUCCAGAUACACCCCGCCUCCUUGCCACUGUAUCGCUCGAGUUUAGGAAAAGGAUCUGAUCUGAGUGCAUUCACAGCCGCGCAGCAGCACUACAAGAGUGGAAGCUGGGAAGCGAAGCCCCAAGGAAUAUUCCCGUUUCUGGCUUCUUACUCGAGGGCUUACUUUAGGAGGCAUGGAUCUGAGAAGGAGCGAGAUCUUUUCACCCAGUCUGGGACUCCGGCUGCUGCUGCUCUUUUUCUAUGCACUAGCCGGCAGCGUGGCCGAACAAGAAGCGGAAAACCUCUCAGGUCUAUCUCCUAACCCCGAAAAAGCCAUUUUUGUAGUUCGUGAAAAUGGAACCACCUGUCUCAUGGCAGAAUUUGCUGCUAAAUUCAUCGUCCCUUAUGAUGUGUGGGCCAGCAAUUAUGUGGAUCUGAUCACGGAACAAGCCUAUAUCCCGCUUUCUCGGGGAGCAGAAGAACAAGGGAAAUGCGGCAGCAACGAAUCUGAGCUCCACAUUUCGUGGAUGGACAAAGCUUACACCCUCCGACUUUACUUCGUCAAGGAGGGCCGCAACACCAGUCAGGGGCCAGAGGCUUGGUGGAAGAUGAACAAAAUCCAGUUCGUGUACGAUAGCUCGGAGCGCACCUACUUCAAAGAUGCCGUCAACCCUGGGAAGCACACAUCCACCACACGUCAUCUUUCAGCCUUAGUCACCCCAGCUGGGAAGUCCUAUGAAUGCCAAGCUCAACAGACAAUCAGCCUGAUCACCACUGAUCAUCAAAAAUAUGUCGUUCUCUUGCUGUCUGAGGUCCGCCUUCAGCCUUUUGACAUCAGCUCUGAUUUUGUCUUCAGUGAAGAACAUAAAUGUCCUGUGGACCAAAGGGAACAACUAGAAGAAACUCUCCCUCUUGUUCUGGGCUUGAUCUUGGGACUGGUGAUUGUGAUAACCCUUGGCGUUUACCACAUCCAUCUCAAAAUGACCGCUAAUCAAGUCCAAAUUCCACGUGACAGAUCUGAAUAUAAACAUAUGGGAUAGCGGGCAAAGUACCGCUCGGGUGGUGAAGCAAAAGCACUUUUUUCUAGAGAUCAGGAGCCCACACACUCUGAAACUGUCUAUUGAAUAAUGACCAAAUGAAGAGAGAAUGGGGAGGGCGGGGGGAACAGCCAUUCCACAAAAAUCAACGCUUAGAGCAGAGGGUAGCGUUUUCUCCACCGGAGAGCCAUCAGCACUUUCCCCUACUCCCUUCCCAUUCAUGUGUUGAGGCAGAUGGUUGGGAUGAAGAUAGGUUUUUUGCCCUGAGGACUGAUAUUAAUUAUUAUUAUUUCUUGUUUACACAGUCAGGCAGGUGUUAUUGACUGGUUUGUUUUAUCCAGACAUCGAGUCCUUCCCAGGGAUGAUGAUGAUGAUGAUGAUGAUGAUGAUGAUGAUUAUACAUGAAGUUCCUACAAUGCAAUCCUAUGCAGGUUUAUUCUGAAGUACAUCCCAUGGUGUUCAGUGGGGUUUGCUUCCUGGUAGGAGUGAAUAGGAUUGCAGCCCUACUCUUGUGUUUAUAAAGCACGGAGAAUUCUUACAGGAACAAAGGAAUGGUCGGUGCCAGGAAUCUAGGAAUCCAACAUUCCCCUAGGAAUAAUGCCAUUUUGAGGAGUCUCAGUCAGGCCCUGAUGUUAUGCCAGACCUGCUCAACUUAGCCCCGCCCCCCCAGCUGCUUUUGGACUACAACUCCCAUCAUCCCCAGCCCCAGUGGCCAACAGCCAGGGAUUAUGGGAGAUGUCGGCCAACAUCUUCAGAAGGGACGAAGUUGAGCAGGCCUGUCCAUCACAGACCCACCCUUCAGCUCAUCUCAGUUUAAACCUGUUUCGAUCACAUGAAAAAUAAGAUGCUAUGGAUUUUAGCUUGAGGAAAAUUUGUUUUUGCUUAUUGGGAAUGUAUUAGCACCAGAACAACUUUAUGGUUGUUGCCGCACAAACCAUAGAAGUGUCAUGCUGUUGUAAGCCAAUUGAGAAAUGCUUCUGGGCUGGGCACCUUGCAUGUAAUGUGAUUGAAAAAUGCCUACUGCUACAUGAUGAAGUCAUAAGACAACAAACAACUACAGCAACAAGAUGUUCAUCUUACUAUGCAGAUAUCUUCAGGUGUUAUAAAUAUAUAUGUGUAAAUAUAUGUAUGCACAACCCAAAUAAAUCCUAAAUUAUAUUGAUUAA